AUGACUGAAAUGGAGCGCCACUCAGAGGAAUCAGCCCAGGCUGGCUCUGGGAACCUCCGGGUCAGCCAAGGCCUGACCACUGAGCUGACACCUGAGCAGGAGACGGGAGACCCGAGGGACCCAGGUGCUCAGAGCCGCCCAGCCCAUCACCAGCUCUCCUCCACACUCUCCCCUUUGAGCCAGCAAACAUCAGCGGAGGCAGCUCAGGGCCAGGGCUGGGCAGGAGCUCGGGGGAGGGUCACGCCAAGGUGUGGCUGCUUCCGCAAGAGCUCAGCGUCUGGAGAAGUGAUAGACACGUCCAUGCAAUCCAAGGACGGCAUGUGA